AUGUUGCCCCAGAAAGUCUUCAUCCGAAGUAUUUCUUCCUCUGUCAAGUACGUCAUUAUGAAUAUUUGUUAUUUUGUUGCUUAAUGUAGAGAAUUUUGGUGCUAAUUUACUGUAAAUUACUGGUCGAUGUGUUGGAGUACUACAGACAUUGUAGCACUCAAGUUGAAUGGCGUCAAAUAAGAGUUUCUCUCGACUUUCCGAUGUUACACUUGAGUUUUGAUGAAAUGAACGAAAUCUAUGUAACAAACCUAAUUUUCACGGCAUUUUUCAUGAUGCGCAGAAGUAAUGAAACACAUUAAUGCUUGCGAAUGAGAUUUUUGUAAUCUCUUUGAGAUUUAUCACAUCAAAAAAUACUCUUUUAGCCUUGGAUCCAGUUCAAAGUUUGGGGCUCGCGAUAACGACGAUGCCUUCUUCAAGAGCAAUGAAUACCAGCUUCUCCAACAAAGCAAGCUCCCGACCUACUAUUUCCAAAAGAGUCUUCGGCGAUUACCGAUUCCAAAACUUGAGGAUUCAGUAAAACGUUAUCUGCAUGCGGUGGAAGCUGUUUGUACUCCGGAGCAAAUCAAAGAAGCUCAAGAUGUCUCCGAAGACUUGCUCAAACGUAGCGGUAAGACUUGAAUUGUCUUUUUUCUUAGUUUUAGACCUUCAAACAAAGCUGAAAGAAUAUGACGACCGAAAUCCGCAUACUUCUUACAUCUCUGAGCCUUGGUUCGACAUGUACUUGAAGGCCAGAGUACCCGUGCCGAUCAACUACAAUCCGUUUAUGAUGUUGAGCCCGGAUCCAAGACCUGAAUGUAAUGAUCAGGUGGGAUUUUAAUUUAUUUCAAAUAUGAAAAUUAUAUUAACACAGAGUUUUUGACGUUAUAAUUGAUAAUUUAGCUUCUCCGAGCCACCUAUGUUAGUAUAGCCGCUGGACGGUUUAAGAAAGCUAUGGAUUUGAACAAAUUGGAGCCCGAGAUUUACCAUAUAAAGCCCAAGUGGAGCAAGAGCAAUACGUUUAUCAACACAAUGAAGUAAGUGUAAUUUAAAAUGUUUGUUCUUUUGUCGAUUUGAGCUGCUAUUUUACAUAACUUUGACCAUUCCAGACUAUUCCCAGAGGCUCUGGCUUGGUAUGGCGCUGUUGCUUUCCAAGCAUUCCCCUUGGACAUGUCCCAGUAUCCAUCUUUGUUUGGUGGAAAUCGAAUUCCAAAACUGGAGAAGGAUCAUCUUCAUCGAGCUGAACGCCCUCAUCAUAUGGUAGUAGUUCGCCAUGGGAUCUUUUACAAGGUCAAUCUCUUUGAUUCCGAUUAUAAUCUUCGAAAACCCCAAGAAGUUUACGCGGAUUUGGCCAGAAUUAUAAGGCUGGAUAAACGCCCCGAGGCAGAAGAAUGCCUAGGAAGUUUAACGACGCUAGACAGAGACACUUGGGCCAGAACGAGAGAAGAGAUAGUCUCUGCUUCAACGAAGAAUCAGCAAAGUUUGAAGGCAAUCGACGAUGCCCUAUUUAUCCUUUGUUUGGACGAAGAAAAGAUCACGGAUCAUUCAAAAUUGGCCAAUCAUUUGCUUUGCGGCCAAGAUGGACGGAAUCGAUGGUUCGACAAGUGCUUCCAGAUGAUUGUGGAUGGCAAUGGACAAGCCACGAUUAAUUUUGAGCACUCUUGGGGAGAUGGAGUUGCGGUUUUGAGAUUGAUUGAAGAGACUUAUCGGGAUGUGCAGAAGAUGAACUGGAUUGAUCCAGCGAAUCGACCAACUGAUCAGAGCGACGAUAACAGAGUUCAGCGGUUGGGUAGGGACUUUUAAAAAUUUUUGAUGGUUUUAAAAGAGGAGUAUAUUAUUUUAGAUGAUUUAUAAAAAAAAAAAGUUUGCUGAUUUUUUUGCAUUUUUCCUCAAUUUUGAAAUUUCAGACUGGGAACUACCCACCUCGGCCAAAUCCACCAUCAAACAGGCCCAAGAGAAAUUCAUCCAAGCCUCAAGUGAAGUCCAAUUUGCGGUUGCGGAAUACACAGCGUUGACUCGAGAUGAAAUCAAAAAAGUUGGAAUCUCCCCUGACUCCACAAUGCAAUUAGCGAUUCAAUUGGCCUUUUAUCGAACGCAAAAAAGGUUUGGCCCGACCUAUGAGAGUUGCUCUACAGCUGCCUUCAAGAAGGGAAGGACUGAAUGCAUUAGAUCAGCGACCUCGGCGACAAAAGAGACGGUUUUAGACAUUGUGGAGAAUGGGAUCAGCGAUUCGAAGGCUUUACUGGAAAGAUUCAAACAUUGCUCGGAGACGCACAGCAAAUUGGUCAAGCUGGGUGCCAUGGGUAAUAUAAUUUUUGAUUUUUUUAUAACAAAAUAAGGUUUUAUGGGUUUGGAGAUAUGCAAAUGUCAUGAGUGAUCUUGUUAUAGUAUUGUUUUUAUAGGGCAAGGCUUCGAUCGUCACCUUCUCGGUCUCAAAAUCACUGCCGAACGUAACAACCUUCCAAUUCCUCAAUUUUUCAAUUCUGAUGUCUAUAAAUAUAUGAAUAGUUUCGAAGUCUCUACCUCAACUUUGUCAACCGAAGCUAUCGUUUUUGGUGGAUUUGGCGCUGUCGUCAGAAAUGGCUAUGGUAUUGGAUACAAUGUUGGAAAGACAAAACUUGGCGCAGUGGUCUCUACUUUUAAGGUAAAGUAAUAUUCUUUUUGAAUUAUUAUGAUUUUUAGGACCAGAGAGACGCCAACAAGUUCUGUGAAAACCUUUUGGACAGCUUGGAUCAGAUCAACAAGGUCUUCAAGGGGAAGAAUUAG